AUGUCUGUGCUGUGGCUGCUUCUGGGCCUCCUUGUCCUUCCUGACUCAUCUGAAAGUGGCAACUGGGGAUGCUAUGGAAACAUCGGAACCCUCGACACCCCGGGGGCAUCGUGUGGGAUUGGAAGACGCCGAGGCCUGAACUACUGUGGAGUUCGUGCUUCUGAAAGGCUGGCGGAAAUAGAUAUGCCGCACCUCCUGCGAUAUCAACCCGUGAUGCGUACCGUUGGCCAGAAGUACUGUGUGGAUCCUGCAGUGAUCGCUGGUGUCGUGUCCAGGGAGUACCCUGCUGGCCACAUUCUGGUCAACGCGGGCAAUGUGGACAAUGGAGUCAGGGACACUGGCCAUUACGCUCCCACGGCCUGGAUCAGCGAGUCCCAGCUUUCCCAGAUGACGGAGGCCCUCACUGUUAGAAUCAAAGAAAUCCAGAGGAGGUUCCCAACCUGGGCCCCCGACCAGUGCCUGAGAGGUGGACUCUGUGCCUACGUGGGAGGUCCUACCUACGUCAGAAGCAGCCAGGACCUGAACUGUGACUUCUGCAAUGAUGUCCUUGCACGAGCCAAAUACUUCAAGAGACAUGGCUUCUAA